AGUCCCGACUCGCAAACAGAGGACCUGGAUGCCAAGUUUCUUCAGAUCAUCACAGUCCUUGAUCGCGAUUUCCAGAAAUAUUCCGUCGAGCACAAAAUCUAUUUCCAGCCGGUUGACGAUGAUGAAGUGGAACGUCUCGAACUUCAACACCAAGUCUUCAAUAAGGUGUUUGACGACCGGCUCAUCUUCCCACCCCUGCCGAGCGACAACCCCGAAAGGAUCCUCGAUUGCGGUCACGGUACAGGAGCUUGGGCGGUCGAAGUAGCGGAGCAAUAUCCACAAUGCGAGGUCAUUGGGAUCGACAUAUCGCCCCAGAUGAGCCCUGAUUAUGCCCCGGACAAUCUAUGGUUUCAGAUCGACGAUCUCAAUCGCCCCUUUACUUUUCCCUCGAAUCAUUUCGAUCUCGUUCAUUCGAGGAUGCAAGCGACAGGCAUCGACCGAGCCAGAUGGAUGUCUUAUAUUUGGGAUAUCAAGAGAGUUCUGAAGCCGGGUGGCUGGGUCCAGUUGGUGGAGAUGUACUUCAAUGUGCAAUCAGACAAUGGGUCCCUCACCGAGGAGCAUGCGUUGAGACAAUGGAGCACCAAGUUUAUGCAGUCGUUGGAUGACAGAAAGGACCUUCGUGUAGGAACGCGCUUGAGAGACCUUUUGGUGGCAGCAGGAAUGGACCAGGUGGACGCAAAAAUGAUUCCACUUCCACUCUCUGGAUGGUCCAAUGAUCCAAGAGCCCGAGAGAUAGGUGCAGCCAACCUCAGAUGUACUAACCAGUUGCUGCCAGCGUUGGCGUUGUAUCCGAUGACUCAACGCCUGAGAAUGCCUUAUGAAGAGUUCGAGCAAAUGAUUUCCAGAGCACAGGAAGAAGCAGGAAGACCGGGCCUGAAAGCCUACUUUCCACUUUAUGUUUGUAUCGGGAGGAAACCUCGAUAG